AUGACACUACACUCGCCCUCUCCCCCGUCUGACGAGAUCGAUGAUGGCGGCGGGUCUGACCGCUUCCGCGAGGAGUUGAUGGAGGAAGAUGUGGCGUCGGAAGCCGACCCAUCGGAAAGACAGCGUUUGGACCAUGACCAGGCUCUCUCGGAGCUCCUGGCACCUCUCAGAGUUGACGACGCUACUCUUCAUAAGCUCGCGCAUCGAUUUUCUACUGUCUACACGGACUUGGCUCUGACGUCAGAUCAACAGUUCCUUCCUACUCCGGUGACCAAGUUACCCACUGGACAGGAAACGGGCCGUUAUUUGGCAAUAGACGUCGGAGGAAGCAACUUGAGAGUAUCCUUCAUCGAGUUGCUAGGGGAAUCUUCAGACUCGCCUCCUUCUGGAGAUCCGGCUCAGAAGCCAAGUGAUACCAUCCUCAAGGCACGAAGAGAACGUGUAAAACGGACGCUAGAGAAAGCAUGGCCGAUUGGAGAACAUCUCAAGAAGGAUAACGCGGAUGAUCUUUUUGCUUGGAUUGGUGACUGCAUCGCGGAGGUUGUUGCGGAGAGUCUCAUCUGCGAUGCUACCAGAAGUCAAAUCCCCGAAGAAAUAGACAUGGGCAUUACUUUCAGCUUUCCGAUAUUGCAAGAGUCACUUGCUGAUGCGACGUUGAUGCCCAUGGGAAAAGGAUUUGCCAUUACCUCUGACCUGGAUCUGCGUAAGAUCCUGCUUCACGGUUAUGAGAAACACACACGACGCCCCGAUGACUUACAGGAACCGUCGAGCAAACGUCGGAAGCUGUUUGCAUUGCCCAAGCUCAACAUCGUUGCAAUUACCAACGACACAGUUGCGACACUGGCUUCUCUUGCUUACUCCGUGAAAUCACUUCCCAAUAGCCGAGUUGCAAUGGGCAUCAUUGUGGGAACUGGGUGCAACGCAACCAUUCCCAUGAAGCUUGCUGAUCUGCACGAGUCCAAAGCAAAGCGCGUGACGUCGAAAAAUCCAGACGCCCAAGAGACUGUUGUGAACACCGAGUGGACUAUUUCUGGCGCCGGUGCUCCUUUAAAGGAACUGAACAUCACCACCAAAUGGGAUGUGGAACUGGAUCGUGCAUGCGCUCGCCCUGGAUUCCAGCCGCUUGAAUACAUGACUGGUGGCCGAUACAUUGGAGAAUUAAUUCGCCUCAUUCUUUUUGACUAUCUAACGAAAUUAGUCGGGCUGUCGAAGAAGGAUUUACCCGGAAACCUGGUUCAGGAGUAUGCCCUGACCACGUCCUUUGUUUCAGACAAGGUAGCUCGCGCGCGAUCAGAUGAAGCCCUUGCUCUUGAGUUGAAUCGUUCUUUGCCAGCGCCUGAAAGCAGCGAUUGGGACUGGGAUGCGACAUCAGCUGGGGCUUUCCGCAGGAUCGCCCUGACGGUGCAGAAACGCUCCGCUGGGUUGAUUGCCGCGGCAGUCAUUGGGUUACUUGCCUGUACGCGCGAGAUAGAGUUGAAGGAAGAUAGCAAGGAAAACACCCCACAGUUUUCAGAUUCAAAAUCACCAUAUCCUGUUACCCAGUCGAAUCUGGAAAAUUCCACAGUGCCAACGGCAUCGCCCAAGGCGUCAAACCCCAAUGAUGCUAGUGGCGGCCAGGGGCCAAUCGUUCCCAUCAUUACGCGAAGGCCUACCGGCUGGCACUCUGGCCCUGAGGAGUUGGUGGUGGCUUACACCGGAGGUAUUAUCCAGAAUUAUCCGAGAUUCAAAGAAAUGUGCCAGGAGUACAUUGAUCGGCUUAUCAUGAGGACAGGCCCACAGAAGGGAGGGAAAUCUGUUUUUCUACGCGAAGCUUCGGAUGGGGGCAUUGUUGGGGCGGGUGUCCUAGCUGGCAUGGUUGCAAACGAGUAUACUUAA